AUGCUUCCUCUCAUCACACUCGAGGAACACUUUACCUCGCCUAAAGUCAGCGAAGUUAGCGUAGAGGCUCGCGAGCAUUACGCAAAAUUCCCACCGCAUAUCCGCACGAAGCUCGAGGAGCUCGGCGAGGGUCGCAUCAAGGAUUUGGACAAGGGCAAUGUGUCGCUCCAAGUGAUCUCCCAUGGACCCGGGGACAUACCGCCUUCGAUUUGUGCGGUAGCAAACGAUGACCUCGCUGCUGCUGUCUCCCGAAACCCCACCCGACUGGCGGGCUUUGCAAUGCUCCCAAUGGGCGAGCCAGCAGCUGCCGCAAAAGAACUAGAGCGCUGUGUGAAGGAGCUAGGAUUCGUGGGCGCGUUAGUGGAAAACCAUCUGAACGGACAGUUCUACGACGACGAGCAGUUCUGGACAGUGUUCGAGACGGCACAAGAACUGGACGUGCCGAUCUACAUUCACCCGACAUUCGCAUCUGAUUCAAUGCUGGAGCACUACAAGGGGAACUACGACGACUCGGUCGCGGUGGCGCUGAGCGCGUACGGGUGGGCAUGGCACACGGAGACGGGACACCAUAUUCUGCGACUGUUCGCCAGCGGGCUCUUUGAUCGUUUCCCCAGGCUCAAGGUUGUGAUCGGGCAUAUGGGCGAGAUGCUCCCGUUUCAGAUCGACCGCAUCUUCACUAUCUCGGAGCGGUGGGGCGCACGGCAACGGAGCUUGAGGGAGGUGUGGAAGAAUAAUAUCUGGAUCACAACCAGUGGCAUGUUUUCGCUGAAUCCACUGGCUUGUUUGUUGAAGUCCACGUCAAUUGAGCAUGUGCUGUACAGCGUUGACUAUCCGUUCUCGGCGAAUGAGAAGGGACUGGCAUUCUUCCGUGAGAUCGAGGAGAGUGGCUUGAUUAUAGGGGAGGAUCUAGAGUUGUUCGCAUAUAAGAACGCGGAGAAUUUGCUGCGUGUCACGGCGAAACGCCCCUAG